AAACGAAUGGGCAGCAGUGUCAGUUCAAACUGACAACCCUAGCGCCGUAGAGAGGAAGGAGGAUGAGGUUAGGUUACUUGGCAUGGCGGCGGUACUUAGUACCUUAGGCUUCUCAACCCUCUUGACAAGAUUGCACAUGGUAUCACUGCUGCAAAAGGUCCAAAUAGCUGUCCUCAUUCCGUCACCGCGACGCGUGCUAAAUUUCUCGGCCUGGCCGCGCAAAAGCGAUGGAGAAGCACACUUUCCAUCACCCAUACCUGCCUGCGCAUGUCCUGUUCGCCUUCACUUCACACUUUGUGCUCCCUUCUAUUUCUUCCGCAUAUCUCGUCCCUCUCGCUCCUAACCGGUCUUUGUCGUUUUCCAAUCGUCAAAUUUAUAUCCCGCGUGUCCCUCACUUUGUAUAUGCUGACAAUCCAUAUUUCAUUCCGUGUUUCUUAGAAC